CUUUGUUUAGAAAUCGUUUUCCCCGCCCCCGAACUUUCUCUCUUCACUUGGCUUCAGAGUUCAGUCUCAUCAAGAAAUUGAAGUUUCUCUAAUUCUUCUGGCAAAUCAAAGGGUUGGCAGUUCUCUCCCAAACCUGUUAAGGAUGGGGGAUGGUGGUGAAGAGGGUCAAAUCCAACUAGCUAGAAAAGUUAGAGGACCAACUACCUUGAAGUUUCUGGAUGCGCUACUACCAGGACAGAAAUUUCAAGUUGAAUCUUGGCUUAAUUCACCUGUCGGACCAAAUUCUAAUUACAUGUCUAUGUUCAUUAGCCACCUAGCUAAAGACGGCAACAGUUUACCAUUGACUUUGCCAUGGGCUCAGAUGCCGGCUGCGUCUAUUCUGAACGCUAUUUCGGAAGUUAAGAAUUUUUUUGAUUACCCGGAUGAUUUGAAUGAUUGGAUUAGAGCUAAGCUGCACGAUAGGUGGAAUAGUCACAAACAUAAUGUAAAAAAAGAAGGAUUCUAUAAGUACAAUACUCUGGAAGACCGUCUUGCUAAUCGACCCAAAGAUGUUGUUGAGAGCCAGUGGGAGCCAUUAAUUGAGUAUUGGCAAGAUCCUCUCCACGAAGCAAGAAGCGCUAAGAGCAAAGCAAGCAACGCUAAACGAAAGGAUAAACACAGGGGCGGCUCCAAACCACAUGUGAAAUAUGCAGCAGAGCUAGAAGCUAAACUUAAAAGACCCCCUACAGCUCAGGAGAUAUAUGAUGCUACCCAUUCGACGCGAGAGUCUCCUUAUUUUUCAUCAAAAAAGAUUAAGAUGAAUGGAGAAGCAUCUGCCUCUCGGGAAAUAACCGCAGUUUCCAGAAAUAAACAUGAGAACCUGGUCCAGGAAUGUGUUACAGAAGAUGACGAGGAUAACACGCAAGCUGACUCAGAUGAAUCCCUUGAAGGUUUUAGGAUCACGAAUGGUGGUGAAGAGGGCCAACUAGCUAGAAAAGUUAGAGGACCAUCAACCUUAAAGUUUUUGGAUACCCUACAGCCAGGACAGAAACUUAAAGUUGAAUCUUGGCUUAAUGCAGCUGUGGGACCAAAUUCUGCUUACAUGACUACGUUCAUUAGUCAUCUAGCUAAAGAUGGCAAUAAAUUACCAUUGACAAUAGCAAAAUGGAAUCAAAUGCCGUCUGUGUUAGUUCUGAACGCUGUGUUGGAAGUAAAGAAAGUAUUUGAUUGCCCGGAUGAUUUGGAUGAUUGGAUCGUAGCUAAGCUGCACGAUAGGUGGAAAAGUCACAAACAUUUAGUAAAAAAAGAAGGAUUCUAUAAGUACACUACUCAGGAAGAACGUCUUGCUCAUCGACCCAAGGAUGUUGUUGAGAGCCAGUGGGGGCCAUUGAUUGAGUAUUGGCAAGAUCCUCGCACAGAAGAAAAUUCUGCUAAAAUGAAAGAAAGAAAUGCUAGACAAACUGUUCGACACAGUGGCGGCCCAAAACCACAUGUUAAAUAUGCAGCAGAGUUAGAAGCUAAGCUUAAAAGACCCCCUACAGCUCAGGAGAUAUACGAUGCUACCCAUGGGAAGCGAAAGAAGCAAAUGGAGGCCUUAGAAUACAAGACAAGCCAACAUAGCUCUGAAAGCUCUGCAACCAGAGAAAAUGAUGCAAUCUUGCAGCUUAUAGGACAGGAUUUGAUGUCUCCUGUUUCUUCAUCAAAAAAGAUGAAGAUGAGUGCAGAAGCAUCUGGCUCUCGGCAAAUAAACACAGUCUCUACAAAUAAACAUGAUUACCGGCUUCGCUCAAGAUCUAAUCCUACCCCAGCCAGUCCUGUUCCUCUGGUCCAGGAAUGUGUUACAGAAGAUGACGAGGAUAACAGGCCAUCUAAAUCAGAUGAUUCCGAAGACUGUGAGGAUAACAUGCAAGCCGAGUCAGAUGACUCCUUUGAAGGUUUUGGGUCUGUUGGGGAACCUUUUGAAGCUGCAAGGACAGCAUCCUCUUCUGAACCUGUUGAAGCUGCAAAGACGACAUCCUAUGCUGAGGGUCCAACUGUUGUUUCCAAAUUGGUACCUCUUUCCUCUCCUAAGGAUAUCUCUGCUCCCUUUGUUGGGUCCAAAAGUGUUUCUGGUCGAGGGAGCAAUGAAGAAUUUGUGUUUGUUGACAACUUCAAAAUCCCAGAAGAGUAUGCAGCUUUGUAUAAAAAGAUCUUUGAUAAGUAUGGGCAUAUGGCGACAAAGAAAGUCAUCAAGACAAAUGAUACUCUCUUAGUGGCAUGUGUUACUGGCUUAUUGAAGAUUAUCUCUACAAUGGAAACUGUGCGGGGUGUGGAUUUAAGUGAAGCGCUGCUGGAAAGUUGGGAUGGAGAAAUUGAAGAUGCUGAGAAUUUGGGAUUCAAUAUUAAGUGGCUCCGAGACACGUUUGAUGGAGUCAAGAACAGUUGGAAGGCCUCAUCUGGGAUGCGUCAAAAAGUUGAAAUCCAUGAAAAAGAAUUGGAGGCAACACAGGUGAAAUACGCUGAUCUUUUGGCAAGAAAAGAAGAACUUCAUCGAGAAACUUCGAAGGUAGUUAGUGAGAUCAGGAAAGCUGAAGCCAAGAUUUCAUCCGAGAAAAAAGCUAUUCAAGAAAUAUUGGCUCCAGAAAGCAAUUUCUUGAGUGAACCUGUUCUAGGGAAGGUGUUUUAGUUGAAUGUAACUAAUUUGAACUGUAUUUGAAUGAGUAGUAGUUUCUGUAGUUUAGCACCGUCUCAACUCUUAAGGACUGGUUAGGUGGCUAUUUUUAUAUCUGGAAAGCCCAUCAACUGCCUAAUUCAGUCCUGAAGUUACUAAAUUGUUUGAGAAAACCAAAAGGAAACUUUAAGUUUCUCAGGUGAAAAUCUUUUAGGA